AUGUGGUGGUGGUUGGAAUAUUUCGAACGUUGGCGUGUCGAUAUAGCAUAUCGUUUGUUACGUUGCGUUUACAGUCAUAAAGAUUUCGAACAUCAUUGGUAUCCACAAAUUUUAAUAAUGCAAAUUGAUGAAAAUCCCGAAUGGCUUGUUAAUUGUCAAAAGUUAAUUGCUGUAGCGGAAUGGAUUAAAGAUGGUGCCGCAUCGAAUAUUGUUGCGGGUCAUACAAAUGACCCGGAUACCGGUGAAUAUUUGGGCUUAGUGGAAACUGCGGUCACACAAUUGAUCGGUGAAUCGUGCCUUAAUGCGCAUCAUUUGGUUGUGUCGUAUCAGAAUUUAAGUGAACUGAAUGAGACCGCUUCAGCAGUAAUUCAAUGUUCCGGUUUAGGAAUCCUGAAACCGAACACAAUUAUUGUCGAUUUUCCAAAAU